GUCGGGAUCCAGGUGGUCGCGGCCCGCGUGAGCCAAGAACCUCCGCCGCACUAUGGAGUGCGUGAGCGUGCUGCGGAGACAGAUGUCAAGACGGAGUCCCCGUCCCGCCCCUGCCCUUUCCAACCCCAACUCCAAUCUCUAGUGCACCUGAGGUCCGGGCGGCCUCGGAAGAAGCUACGGAUAAACUCCUGCAUCUCGUUCUCCCGCGCCAUUUUGCUCCACCUGGGAUUGGUGGCUCCCGCCUUUUUUUUCUUCUCGGCCUCCGUCACCGCGUUUGACAGGAGCUUGCGCACUCGAAGGGUCGUGGCGCGGAGAGCGGAGGAACGGUUGGGGGUCGGUCGCGGGUCGCCCGGACCGAGAACUUUGCCACAAAACUUAUUUUCCUCGCGUAGUUGGAGGGUCUCGCGGCUCCUUUUCUUAGGACCAACCGUUUUUUUCAGUUCUCGUUAGGAACCAACUCGGCGCCUGCAACCUGUGUGUGUAACGUAAUCUACCGGCGACAUUGCCUCCGUUCGUGGUCACAGGCCCUAGCUAGGCCACUGUGAUUUCGAAAGACAAGAUGAAAAAGGAUAUCUUCGCCUGAAGCCUAGGAAUCCCUGGAGGAAAGUCUUGCGGCUUCCGAUUGCUAAGCACAUCUAGAAUCAGUAAACGUGUCUCCGGCGUCCGCCAUCUUUAUGACCUCAUCGCGUCGCUGCGACGCCAUCUUCCGCGUAGCCCCUGGAAGCAACGUUGCUUUCCCGGUGUUCCCUAGGAGGGCAGCCCCUGUGGUUAAGAUCCCUGGGAGCGGGGGACGCUGGGAGUUGUAGUCCCAGCGGGCCCAGCCUUUCGGAAUCUCCGGAAGUGGAGGCGUGAGAAGCCGGGCUGAGUGGCUCCGGGUAGCGGGACGCCCGACUGCUGCUGGGGCACUGCUCCCGGGGCAGGUCAUGAACGGGCCGGCGGACGGCGAAGUGGACUACAAGAAGAAGUAUCGGAACCUGAAGCGAAAGCUCAAGUUCCUCAUCUACGAACACGAGUGCUUCCAGGAGGAACUGAGGAAGGCGCAGAGGAAGUUGCUGAAGGUGUCCCGGGAUAAGAGUUUCCUCCUAGACCGACUUCUGCAGUACGAGAACGUGGACGAAGAUUCUUCUGGUGAGCAAGACUCAGAUGCCACUGCAUCUUCAGAUAACAGCGAGACAGAGGGCACUCCCAAGUUGUCGGACACGCCAGCCCCCAAGAGGAAGAGAAGCCCUCCACUGGGGGGGGUCCCCUCCCCCUCCAACCUCUCUCUGCCUCCUUCAACAGGGUUUCCCCUUCAGGCCUCGGGGGCCCCCUCCCCAUACCUGAGCUCGCUGGCUUCCCCCCCCUACCCCCCAUUCCCGUCUGACUACCUGGCCCUGCAGCUGCCCGAGCCCAGCCCCCUGAGGCCCAAGCGGGAGAAACGGCCCCGCCUGCCCCGGAAACUCAAGAUGGCGGUGGGACCCCCCGACUGCCCUGUGGGAGGGCCGCUGACUUUCCCAGGCCGGGGUUCCGGGGCUGGGGUGGGGGCAGCCCUGGCCCCACUGCCCCCUCCCAAGAUGCCUCCCCCCACGAUCCUGAGCGCCGUCCCUCGGCAGAUGUUCAGCGAUGCAGGCAGCGGGGAUGACGCCCUGGACGGGGAUGAUGACCUGGUGAUCGACAUCCCGGAGUGACCCCCACUCUGGCCAAGCCCCUGCCCCGCGCCCGAUGCCAGCACACGCGAGCCCCCAGCUUCCGCAGGCACGUUUAUUGAUGCCCAGUUGCCAUGCUGCGGCCACGGACACACUCAGAAAAGGCGUAAACAUGCACGAAUGUCCCCUGGAAGGCGGGUCCCCGCUGGGGGUAGUGGGGUGGGAGCAGAGGCCCUGCGCUCACAUCCCAGCCCCAGCCAGGGGACAGUUAUUUAAGUGAGUGGCCAGGAGCAUCUGCCACCUCUCGGAGAGGCAGAGACCCUGCAGUGGCCCCCCCACUUAGGGCAGCUGUACAGGGCUAGGUUGGUUGGUUGGUUGGUUUUUAACAAAGAUUCUGUAUUAAAGGAGUGGCUCUCUUGUU